AUGGGUUUUGGCCAGGUAGAAGAGCAGACCAGGAAGAUGCUUGACUUGAUGCACUUUGACUGCAAUGCAGCCCUCAACAAUUUCUUCGGAGCAUGGUCGCCGGAGAAGAAGCAUUGGUGUUGCACCAAACAGGGCAAAGGUUGCGAGGGCUCACGUCCCCCUGCCGUUGAUGCUGGACCUGGCAUGGUAUGGAAGCGCACACAGGUGAACGGGCAUUGGACCUGGGUGGCCGUUGCUGUCGGUCGUCACUAUGACUGCUACGCUGGAUACAGCAACUGGUACUUUGGAUGGUCAGUCUCCAAGAAAGGCUGGUGCUGCGACCAUGAGAAUCGUGGAUGCCCAGGCACCUGGCAUGGUUCCUACAUUUAUGAUUGCAGUGCCGGCUUCUCCAACUGGCUGCAGGGCUGGAGUGCCUCCAAGAAAGACUGGUGCUGCAGAAAGGCGCACAAGGGCUGUGUGAAAUACCACUGCACGGGCAAUGCCGAUCUGUGGGCCUAUGAGAAGCGGAAAUGGUGCUGUGGGCACUUUCGGAAGGGCUGUGCCUACACUACGCUCUCUCCCCUGAAGUGCGACACACCGUGUGAAUUGCACGGUGAGACCGAAACCUGCUUGAAUCGCAUGAAGUGGAAUGCUGAACACAUACUUGCAGGCAGGAGCAACCGGUGCGCGCUUGCCUACAGUAAGGUGCAAGUGGAGUGCGAUGUGUGCCGAUCUUGCAGCUUUCAAGCAGCCUGUGAAGUGCAUUCCGUGGGUACCCUGCCAUUCGACUGCAAUGCAGCCCUCAAGAAUUUCUUCAGAGCAUGGUCGCCGGUGAAGAAGCAUUGGUGUUGCACCAAACAGGGCAAAGGUUGCGAGGGCCCGAUUCCUCCAACGGUUGAUCCUGGACAUGGCAUGGUAUGGAAGCACGCUCUGGUGAACGGGUACUGGACCUGGCAGGCCGUUGCUGUCGGUCGUCACUGCACGGGCAAUGCCGAUCUGUGGGCCAAUGAGAAGCGGAAAUGGUGCUGUGAUUUCUUUCGGAAGGGCUGCACAAACAGGAUGCGUUUGCACAGUGCAGCUGCAAGAGGUGAUGUCCAGGAAGUGGAUGAAAUCUUGACCAAGGUUCCCCAAGCCGUCAAUGCCAAGGGUGAUGGUGGUCAGACUCUGCUUGCUCAGGCUAUCAUCAGUGGUUCUGAGGCAACCGUACAGGCUGUCCUGAGGCAUAGGGCAGAUGUGAAUGCCGUUAUGAAGCGCGGGUAUACCGCUUUGGUAGUCGCAGCAAGUCAAGGCACAGCCAAUAUGGUGCAAGACAUCCUGAACUCCAGGGCCAAUCCAAAUGCUCACCGGGCGGAUGGCUCCACAGCUUUGACGCUUGCAGCUGAAACCGGACAUGCAGCUACAGUCCGGAUCAUCCUGGGCAGCAGCAAUGCUGACAUCAAUACAGUGACACACUUCGGUGAGACAGCCUUGAUGCUGGCCAGCCACAGCGACAAAGAAUCCGCUGCGAAGGUACGCAGCAUACUUGCACACAAGCCCAAUUUGCAAGUUACAAGACCUCUUGAUGGCUCCACUGCCCUGCAUUUGGCUCUGCAUUCGGGGCAUGUCGCUUCUGCCAAGUUACUUGUCAAGGCUGGUGCAAAGAAAAAUCCGCUGACCUUGGCAGGCGAAACCCCGCUGAUGAAAGCAGUACAGAAGGGCGGCAACCGGAGCACCAUCCGAUGGCUUGUGAGACAUGGUGCGCAAGUUGACCAGCGGUCCAAGUCUGGCAUGACUGCCCUGCGGUUGUCAAAGCAGAAGCAGUUCAGUGAUCACCAGAUUCUACGCCAACAGCUUCGUCACCUUGUGCGGUCGAUGCAGUACCCAAAUGCCACGCUGUGGCAUACCAAGCAGGCAAAGACCGAGAGCAAUAUUGCCAAAGCCAAAGAGCUCAUGGAGCGUGAACCAGAGGCCGCUGUCCUCUUCAAGCAAUUGCUGCAGCUGGCACGAGAUGAGGCUUCAGCGAAGAAUCUGUCCAAGUUUCUUGUGCAACAGACGCCACAAGCGUCCAGUACUUUGGUGCAAAAACUAGGCUCAACAACAUGGUGGUCAGCGUUUCUGCAGAAGCUGGACGCAGCCAAGUACUGCUUGGCCUGGGGCAUGAUCCUUGGUGCUCUAGGCGGAUCAGCUCUGGCGUGCAUGAAAUUAUCCUGGUCCGAGACAGAGAACAGCAGCAAUGAAGAUGGGCUGGAGCUUGGGGCUCGUCGGAUUGCCCUCAAGGCUUUGGUUCCAACGGCAUACCGCCUACGAUGUCAGGCUUGGCGCGCUGUGGAAGCUGCGGCUGGGGCCGCAACCAAGGAGGCUGUUAGCACUAUCUUCCUGCCCCUGGGAUAUGCCAUGCUGUGGUUGGAUUGGAAGGUCAUGGGCGCGUUUUAUGUCACCUUCUACAUCCUGCCGGCUAGUCUUCAUUUGGGUUGGUCUGAGAUCAGAAAGCAUCCGGUUCUGGUCUUGGUCGACUCGGGAAAAGCGGUCUCAGCUGUAACGUUCUUCCGGGUGCUGGCCACUUGUGCUCUGUUGUACAUCACAAAUGCCAUGCGUCAUGAGUGCAAUGAUGAAGUACACUACUUGGUUUAUGGGGAGUUCGAACACAAAGACAGAUGCAAUGGUCCCCUUUCCCAGCUCAUGGUCAACAGUCAUGGUCUUCCGGGCUGGCUAGGGGAACCUAUACUCAGCCGUAGUUCGGCUGAGCUAGUAUGCCCAGCCACAAACAAGAUGACCUCUGCCUCUGACUGGUACUUCGACUAUUUGGGUUUCAUCUGGUGGCUUUCGCUGCUUUGGCUCGCACUUGUACUGCGAAACAUAGUGGCACAGAUCAGUGGAUGCAGCCGGCAGCAGGAUCUCGAAAAGAGAAGCUCACAGGUGCAGCGGCUAGCCCUUGAAAUCCGGUUUGCAGGAAAUCGCCAGGGCAUCGAAGAACUCACCAGAGCGCAGCAAAUCGUUCAGCCUGAGGAGGCCUGGGCGGUUCCUGCCGGCAUCUUCCCGCGUCUCUUGCUAUGCCUGGUUGAUGCUGUGAUCAUGGACCUGCUAAGCAUCUUCAACUACAUUCGCAGCACACAGUCCGUUUUUGCAGGGAUAUUGAUUUUCAUUACAGCCUUCUCCUUCUUCCUGGAGUGCAUUGCAGGAGGUGUCUGUGGCUUGGUGCGAGAGGUCCGCGUCUCAAUUGAGAAGGGCAUUGUGACGUCCAAGCUGCAGACCUUCCUAGAGCUAGAACAAAGUUUCGAGGCUCCACUGGCCCUUUGUUUCACAGUUUAUGCAUGGAAUUUCAGCAUUCAGGACCAGUUCUCACUCGUACAGGGCCUUGCUUCGCUGGCUAUUUCGCUGUACAGCUUUACCGAUUACAUUUGCUGGUUGGUGGACUUGGAUCUGCACAAGCCACAGCAGCUCGGUGCAGAAGAUUUGAAGCUUUAUUGGAAACUGAAAGAAGAAGCCUCAGGGACUCAAAGUCCACAAGGUGAAGCCACUUCAGCAUUCUGCUGCUGGGGCAAUAAGAGCCGAGUCCUCGUAGCGUUAUGA